UGGGAUGUGGUCUAUGAAGAUACCCCCCACACCAUCACAAAUGAUGGACCUGUUAUGGCUAUAGCUCUCCAACAGCUAUCAGAGUGGUGCAAUGGGAUUGGCUCCACGGCUGUCACAGUAUUCACCAACUUCAUGUCAUUGCAAGAUGAUGUCAAGACCAAUGAAGAUCGCAAAGGAUUUGCAGAGAGCUUACUCAUCGACCUAGCGUUCCUGUAUGGGAACAUCAUGGAGGAUGGGAAAUGUGAGAGACCUUUUCAGUCUGACCUCAUUAUUCAGGUUCUUGUACAGCACACAUGCGCCACUUGGGGCACUAUUGACAGC